UCCAUGCUGUUAGAAUUGAAGUAAAUCAAUUCUGUUUUUUGAUUUGGAAGAGGUACAUUAUUGUGUAUUCAUUUAAUGAAGCGUAUAACUUUAUCUUUGCCUUAUUGGUUGAUGUUAGCUAUUGUAAAAUGUUUUUAUUUUUUUCUGCUGUUUAGAUUAUUGUAUUGUGAAUCUGGUUUUGGUUAGAAUGUCAUCAUCAUCAAUGUCUUCUGCAUCUGUUGAUAAUCGUACUUUGAGUACACCAGUGUGCUUCUGUGAGGUGGAAGCCACACUGAAAUACUCAAAUACUAGAAGAAAUCCUGGCCGGCCUUUUUUAGGAUGUCGAAAGUACAACACUGAGGGACUACCGUACUGCAAAUUUUUCAAGUGGGCAGAUAGUGAAGACAUAGAACAAGACCUUCUGAAAAGGAAAAAUGAUUUGCUAAGGAAAGAGGCAGACCUGGUCAAGAUGCUCGAGGAUAUUGAGAAAAGGGAGAUUCAGCUCCGAAAGAAAGCGGAUGAGAUCGAGAAGAAGGAGAUUUUGCUGGCUAGCCUAAAUGAGGAGAUUAUGAAAAAAGAGUGGAUGCUUCUUCAGCAACAAGCAGAAAUCAGGCGCUCCCGCACACUAUUCAGGCUGUUUUGGGCUGUAGUCAUUUUUUUUAUUUGUUACAUACUAGUAUGUAAGUGAUGUUGGAUUGUAUGUUGGAUUGUACUAAGGUUAUUGAGAAAAAUGUGUAAUUGCAUUUAGUGUUAAGUAAGUCAGAAGUAGAUGGUAGAAUGCCAGAAAUUGUAUUUUGGUCAAUUUGAACAGGAUAUUGGUGUAAUUGUAUGACACCAAUUUGAACCUAUGUGAUACGAAAUUUCCAUAGCUUUUGAACUCUUGUGGGAAUUGUAAA